GACGGACGCCGCCGCCGGAGGCGCAGGGGACAGGGGCUUCAAUUGACCAAUUGGCUAAUCCCGCGCGCACAAUGGCCCGCCCACCACCGCGCCGCCGAUGACGAGGGCGAGGACGUCGCGACGCCGUCGCCGUCGCCGCCGGCCAAGGCGCACCGUGACCCGCGCCAUGGAGCCGCUGCUGGCGUCUCUGCCCCUCUGACCUGCGGCCGCGUGCCCUCCGGGAAGGUCAGUGCCUGCCUCCGCAGUGCCCGCGCCCGCGCCCGCGGCGCCGCCCGCCCCGCGGCCUGUGCUCUGCUGCCCGAGGAGCGUUCGGGGGGCUGCCCCUCGCCCACAGCCGCGCGGAUCCACGACGACGGCGAGAACGCGUGGGAUGAAUGGUGCUUCUAAUCGCAGAUAAUCGGCAUCUUACCCUCACUACAUUACCCUCGCAUCAUUUCCUCCUCAAGAACUUUCUCCGCCCGAAGUCAGCACUGAGCAUCACGCGAAUCGGCGGCGUGUCAAACGCGUGCGCGUCUGCCCUCGCUGGCGCCCCGCUCCGCGCCCCGCGCCCCGCGCCCUGCGCCCCGCCGCGAUACCGCCUUCACCCGCCGAGGUUCGCGGGGCAUGCAUAUAUAGAGGCGGCUGGGCGCGCGCCGCGCCACAGGGCGCUCGGUGCCUCGCUCUGUUGUCAGCGCGUCUCAGUCACUGGAGCCGGCGCCCCCUCGCCGCGGACUUGUUCUUGCCACGUACAACACUCACCUCAAUUUUUGGGGUACAUUUUUAUAGACGGAAUCACUUCUCUGGUUUCAAUACUUGGUCAAACUCUGAAGAGCGUCAGGCACUGCAUCUCGUUCUUGUUUCGCGUAGUUGGUUAAAUCAGCGUGGACUGGGAGUAUGCGCGUGUGAGGAGGCUCCGUGAGCGAGCAGAGGCCGAGUGAAGUACGCUCUCUACUAGCGGGAGCCGCGCCGCGCCGCGCACGGCGCCCUCUGGACGACCUGGCGCUUGGCGAGGAGGCGCCGAGGCGCGGUUCGUUGCGCGACGCGGUGCGGGACGGCGACGGCGCCAUGGCCUCCUCGGGCAAGGCCGCCGCCAACAACGUCGCUAAUAACGUCGUCCACGACGCGGCGGCCGACAUCGCCGUCAACAACGUCGCCCACGACGCACUGCCCCCGGCCAACAACGGGGCGCCCCGCGCGCGCGCCGCCAUGAGCCUGCCUCUGGGGCCGCCCGUCAGCCCCAAGAGGAACGUCCAGUACGACCGCGCGUACGUGGCGAAGGCGACGCUGGCCGCCACCACCCCUGAGCAGGAGCACGAGCUGCUGGAGGAGCUGUACAGAGAGCACCCGCUCACCGACGACACCUCCUGCGGCAUCGGGCCCUGCAGGGCGCCCUGGAUGCAGAAGUUCGCCAACAAGAAGGCCUUCGUCUUCCUCUACGGGCUGCUCGGCUGCAUCUUCUCCGCCAGCCACGCCUACUUCAAUGGCACCAUCACCACCUUGGAGAAGCGGUUCAAGAUCCCCAGCAGAACGACAGGCAUCAUCUCCGUGGGAAACGACAUCAGCCAGCUGCUGGUGUCCGUGUUCAUCUCGUACUACGCGGGGCGGCGCCACCGGCCGCGCUGGAUCGCGCUGGGCAUCUACACGGUGGUGCUGUUCUGCGUGCUGACGGCGCUGCCGCACGCGCUCUACGGGCCGGGCGAGGACGCGCUCGCGCUCACGCUGGAGCACGGCGGCGUCGUCGACCGCAACCUCUCCUUGGAGCUGCUCAGUCGAGAAAAACAGAAAACUCUUUGCAAACCAGAAGGUGGUGUGGGCUGUGAGGAAGAAGAUGGAAACUAUUCACCAGUCAUUCUUUUAUUUGUAGCAAAUUUUGUAUCAGGCAUUGGAGGUUCACUUUACUAUACUCUUGGUGUUACUUACAUGGAUGAUAAUAUCAAAAAAUCAAAGACUCCAGCUCUUAUCAGUUUCUCCUAUUUCAUUAGAAUGUUGGGUCCAGCAAUUGGCUAUUCACUGGCAUCAGUUUGCUUGAAAUUGUACAUUUCACCAACUCUGACUCCAACAAUUAAAACUGAUGAUCCUCGUUGGCUUGGUGCUUGGUGGCUAGGUUGGAUUAUUUUGGCUUGUAUUCUGUUUACAUUGUCUUCCAUUCUGGGAUUAUUUCCCAAAUCUCUUCCUCGAGCUGCUGUUCGUAGAAUGGUGGAAGAAGAAAAGAAAAAACUGAAUUCUGUAACUGAUGAAUCAGAACUUGAAACAUCAGAAUUACCUACUUCAUUGUCAGAUAUGAUAACAACAUUCAAGAGGUUAGUAACCAAUCCAACUCUCAUGUGUAAUAAUCUUGCAGCAGUUUUUUAUUUUACGGGCUACAUGCCAUAUUGGAUAUUUAUGCCCAAGUACAUUGAAACAAUGUAUAGACAAUCAGCAUCAGUUUCAAGUCUUGUCACAGGCACUGUGGGUCUGGUGUUCUCUGCAGUUGGUAUUUUGCUAUCUGGAAUGGUAAUAUCUAAAUUUCGCCCCAGAGCUCGUUAUUUGGCUGGUUGGAAUGUUGUUGUAGGUGCGAUAUCUGUUUUGGGGAUGAUCUCAUAUGUUUUCCUUGGGUGUCCAGCCAAUGAUAACCAUGGGCCAAUGCUUCCUAAUGGAGAGCUGAACACUGUAUUGCCUUGUAAUACAAACUGCAGCUGUGACUACGUAAAAUAUUCUCCUGUAUGCUAUGGACAAACCACAUUUAUUUCUCCUUGUCAUGCAGGUUGUACUUCAAUUUCUAUGACCAAUGGAACAAAGAUGUUCACUCAAUGUAGUUGUGUUCCUCCUUCACCAAUAUUAAAUGGUGGUCAUUUUGAACUCAGUGAAAUUUCUACUUCUUCUCCACCUCUUGGAGGAGGUUCUGUGAAAGCUUCACCAUGCCCAGUGGACUGUCAGAAGAAGUUUUACAUCUUUCUUGCAGUUGUGUGUUUGCUCAAAUUUAGUGGAGCAACAGGACGAGCAUCCAAUUUUCUGGUGUCAGUGAGAUGUGUUGAAGAGAAGGAUAAGCCAGUGGCAAUGGCAUUUGGCCUCACAAUUAUGAGCUUUUUUGCAUUCAUUCCAUCACCAAUAUUCUUUGGAUUUUUGCUUGAUAAAACAUGUUUAGUUUGGGGUAAAACAUGUUCUGGAACUGGAAACUGUUGGUUGUAUAAUGGAGAAUCUCUGAGGUACAUGCUGAAUCUAACUGCUGCAAGUUUUGUAACAAUUGGGACUCUCUUCGAUGCUGGAGUGUGGUAUUUUGUAAAGAAUCUGAAGAUAUUUGAUGAUGAUGAUGUUGAAGCAAAAGAAUUAGAAGCCAAAGAAAAAAUGGAUAGUAAGGAGGAGCUGUUCCAGUCAAAUAAAAGUAAAUAGGUCCACUUUUGCACUGUAAAUUGCAUGAAUAUUUCAUGACACUGAAGGUGAGGUCUAACUUCGUAAAAGUUUGAGAUAACGGCUAAUAAUGGACAGAGUACGGCGAAAAAACGAAAAACUAAUUAUUAUUCAUCUUUCUAAAAUGAAUGGACUUUAUAUCCAGAAUAUCGGAGUUGGAUAAAAAAGUUGAUAAUUUUACUGCAAAGCGCUGUAUUUGCAACGUGACCUUCACCGUCAAGCAUGAUGGCGAAAAAGCACUAAAACGCACUUAUGCAGUAAAAAGCAUACGACAAACAGCCAAAAUGUUGCAACCAAUCAGCUUAUUUCAUGUCAACUAAAGGAUCAGCAGAAGAAUUAAAAGAGGAUGCAGCUGAAAUUACACAAAUAUACCACGGACUUUGUCACCAUCAUAGUUAUCUUAGCAUUGACUGUGGAAUUAAAUUGAAUGCAGGAGUCUAUUCCGACUCUACUGUUGCUCAAAAAAUUGCACUGCGGUCGAACUAACGAAAGCUGAGGCAAUUACGGAAAAUGUUUAACUCCUAAAUCAGUAGAAAUUAUUCUUGAAGAUUUGAAAAAGUAUGAAUUUCCUCUUCCAUUUUCGAUAGCGACAGAUGCUUCUAACAGAGGAAAUCGCAAGUUCUUUCCCAUUGCUAUAAAGUAUUGUGACAUCCAGACAGGAGUAAAAAAUAGAAUCAUAGACUUUUAUGAAGAUAGCAAUAAAUCGUCCGCAUCGAUUUUCGAACACAUUGUACUGUGUUUGAAGGAACAUGAUCUACAUCUACAAAAUGUAUCGUCGUACACUGCUGAUAAUGCAUCAGUGAAUUAUGGUAUAAAUAAUUCUAUUUAUCUAAAACUUACUGAUGUUAAUUCAAAUAUUAUAAAAGGUAACUGAAAUUGCCAUGUCGUACACAACGCUUCAAGAAAUGCGUGUAAAGCAUUAUCAUACAACGUUGAGAACUUCAUUUUUAAAAUAUUUUCUGACUUCUCUAACAGUUCCAAGAAAGUGGAAAAACUAAAGGCAUGUUUCGAAUUUAUGGAUAUGGAAUACGCGAAAAUACUACGCCACGUCGUUACCCGGUGGUUAUCCCUUUUUGGAGCUGUAGAACGGAUUAUACAAUGCUGGCCAGCUAUAAAGCAAUAUUUUAUUAAUCAGGGAGAAGAUGAGACACACAAAAUUAUUUGGAAGUUUUCAGCUGAUAGUCGAAAAUUUGAAAAGGAAGCAUUGACUGUAUACGAAAAAGCUUUAAAUUAUAUUGAAAAGUGGUAUGAUUUCGAAAAGAGUCCUUAUCAAUAUUUCACAGUGCUUAAUUUGAAAAGGGGGAUUUCUCAUAUGACAAAGUUGUACAGGUGGUAAAAGAAAUUAAUUUAAAUGUAGAUUUAGACGAUUGUAUGACGAAGUGCAAAUUGUGACAAAAGUUAUUGCUGAUGUGUCAAUUGAUUUGCCCACAGAUAUCAAAUGGGUGAAAAUUUUCUCAUCUGCACAAUCUUUUAAUGAGCUUUCGAAGAUUGUCGCAACUGUCUUAUCGAUUCCAGUAAGCAACGCUUUCGUUGAACGCGUAUUUUCUAUCGUGGGGAACUUAUGGACCGAUAAUAGAAACAAGAUGAGGGCAGAAUUAGUCAAGGCGGAGCUGUUGAUUAAGUUAAAUUAUGAAAUGACAUGCGGGGAAUUUUUCAGAUUCGUUAGUCAACCAGCCCAAAUCGAAUUGCUAAAGAAAGCGCUGUCAAAUGAAACAUAUAGAUGGAAAUAGACAGCAAAACGGUAAUUUGUGAUUAGUGAAGAAUACUGAUUUUGUGAUGAAUGUCUAGUUGAACAGAACUAUAAUUAUUGUAGUAAUUAAUGUGUUAUUAACAUAAUAAAUGUAUUAUUAUUAUUAAUCGUAAAGAAGUCCUGCAUUCUUUUAUAAUAAAUGUUAUUAGUGAAUUUGAAUAUUUACUUUACUGCACCUUCAUCUCCCUCCCCCCCCCC